CAAACAUUUACAUUUUUAUUCCUAAACAAAGGAAGUGAUUCUAAACUUAUGUUUCCGAGCACCAGCUUUCACACAAACCCGUCCUGUCCCAGUUUUUUCUUUUCUUCUUUUUAUUUAAGUUUCACUUUCGUUUUCCUGAACUUGGUGUCGCAGAUGAUCUUGUCGGUGUGAAUGUCCAUGUGAAGGCAGACUGGGAAACACCAGUCCUUCUUAGUCCUUCUACUCACAACAUAUAAGAGUCCAACUGGAACACGUCCUGUUACUGAGGUCUGCACUACGAAGCAGGAUUUGAUCUUAUCAAGGUGAAGGUAGAAAGUGUGUGUGAGCUGAUGUGGAUGUGAAUUCAGCAGCAUGGAUCAGUGUGAGGACAGAGAGGAGGGAGUCCCUCCCUCUAAAAGAGCCAAAGAGAGCCAGACCAAAGCUCAGAGGAAGAAACAAGGAACUAAACGUAAACAUCAACCUGAAACCAGCUGUGUGUCCUUAAAAAGUGAUGAGUCAAAGAAUUUUAAUGUUGAUUUCAAAGAACAUUCUUCUGCUGCAGAGAGAGUGGACCAGGAGAGUUCAAAGGUUCCCAUUGAUCAACCUGCCAAGCACCAUCAAACACAUUUGGACUCUGUAUUUAUGCUACUGGAGGACAACAUCAUCACUUUUGUGAAGAAUGAGCUGAAGGAGAUCCAGAAAAUUCUAAGUUCAGAUUACCCAGAAUCCUUAGGGAGCCAGAAAGAGGAUGAGGAGGUCUUGGAGGGUGAAGAUAAAGAGGAGAACAAAAACAGCAGAGAAGCAUUUGUGAAAAUCACACUGCACUUCCUCAGGAGAAUGAGGCAGGAGGAACUGGCUGACUGUCUGCAGAGCAAAAUAUUUGCUCCAGAUAUUCGACAUGAACUCAAAUCUUCUCUGAAGAAUAAGUUCCAGUGUGUGUUUGAGGGGGUUGCUAGAGCAGGAAACCCAACCCUUCUGAAUCAGAUCUACACAGAGCUCUACAUCACAGAGGGAGGGACUGCAGAGGUCAAUGAUGAACAUGAGGUCAGACAGAUUCAAACAGCAUCCAGGAAACCAGACAGACCAGAAACAACAAUCAGACAAGAAGACAUCUUUAAAGCCUCACUUGGAAGAGAACAACCAGUCAGGACAGUGCUGACAAAGGGAGUGGCUGGCAUUGGGAAAACAGUCCUAACACAGAAGUUCACUCUGGACUGGGCUGAAGACAAAGCCAACCAGGACAUCCAGCUCAUAUUUCCAUUCACUUUCAGAGAGCUGAAUGUGCUUAAAGAGGAAAAGUUCAGCCUGGUGGAACUUGUUCAUCACUUCUUUACUGAAACCAAAGAAGCAGGAAUCUGCAGCUUUGAAGACUUCCAGGUUGUUUUUAUCUUAGAUAGUCUGGAUGAGUGUCGACUUCAUCUGGACUUCCACAAAGCUACAAUCCUAACUGACCCUAGAAAGUCCACCACAGUGGAUGUGCUGUUGAUUAACCUCAUUAGGGGGAAUCUUCUUCCCUCUGCUCACCUCUGGAUAACCACACGACCUGCAGCAGCCAAUCAGAUCCCUCCAGAAUGUGUUGACAUUGUAACAGAGAUCAGGGGGUUCAAUGACUCACAGAAGGAGGAAUACUUCAGGAAAAGAUUCAGAGAUGAACAGCAGGCCAGCAGGAUAUUCUCCCACAUCAAGACAUCAAGAAGUGUCCACAUCAUGUGCCACAUCCCAGUCUUCUGCUGGAUCAUUGCUACAGUUCUGGAGGAUGUGAUGAAAACCAAAGAGAAAGGACAGCUGCCCAAGACAAUGACUGAGAUGUACAUCCACUUCCUGGUGGUUCAGGCCAAAGUGAAGAAGGUCAAAUAUGAUGGAGGAUCUGAGACAGAUCCACACUGGAGUCCAGAGAGCAGGAAGAUGAUUGAGGCUCUGGGAAAACUGGCUUUUGAGCAGCUGCAGAAAGGAAACCUGAUCUUCUAUGAAUCAGACCUGACAGAGUGUGGCAUCGAUAUCAGAGCAGCCUCAGUGUACUCAGGAGUGUUCACACAGAUCUUUAUAGAGGAAAGAGGAAUGUACCAGGACAAGGUGUUCUGCUUUGUUCAUCUGAGCGUUCAGGAGUUUCUGGCUGCUCUUCAUGUCCACCUGACAGUUAUUAACUCUGGAGUUAAUCUGCUGGACGAGCAACAAAAAUCAUCGUAUCAGUCUGAAACAGAUGAAUACUUCUAUGAGAGUGCUGUGGACAAGGCCUUACAGAGUCCAAAUGGACACUUGGACUUGUUCCUCCGUUUCCUCCUGGGUCUUUCACUUCAGACCAAUCAGACUCUACUACGAGGCCUGCUGACACAGACAGGAAGUAGCUCACAGACCAAUCAGGGAACAGUUCAGUAUAUCAAGAAGAAGCUCAGUGAGAAUCUGUCUGCAGAGAAAAAUAUCAAUCUGUUCCACUGUUUGAAUGAACUGAAUGAUUGUUCUCUAGUGGAGGAGAUCCAACAGUCCCUGAGAUCGGGACAUCUCUCUGCAGAUAAACUGUCUCCUGCUCAGUGGUCAGCUCUGGUCUUCAUCUUAUUGUCAUCAGAAAAAGAUAUGAAUGUGUUUGACCUGAAGAAAUACUCUGCUUCAGAGAAGGCUCUUCUAAGGCUGCUGCCUGUGGUCAAAGCCUCCAACAAGGCUCUACUGAGUGGCUGUGACCUCUCAGAGAGAAGCUGUGAUGCUCUGUCCUCACUUCUCAGUUCCCCGCCCGUUAGUCUGAGAGAGCUGGACCUGAGUAACAACAACUUGCGGGAUUCAGGAGUGAAGCUUUUGUCUGUUGGCCUCAAGAGUCCAUACUGGAAACUGGAAACUCUCAGUCUUUCAGGCUGUCUGAUCACAGAGGAAGGCUGUGCUUCUAUAGCUUCAGCUCUGACCUCCAACCCCUCAAAUCUGAGAGAGCUGGACCUGAGCUACAACCAUCCUGGAGACUCAGGAAUGAAGCUGCUAAAGGAUCAACACUUGAGACUGGACACUCUCAGGGUGGAGCCUGCUGGAGAACAAUGGUUGAGACCAGGUCUGAGGAAGUAUUCCUGUCAACUCACAAUCGACAAAAACACAGUAAACAGAAAUCUCAAAUGGUCUGACAACAACAGGAAGGUGACACAUGUUGAGGAGGUUCAGUCACAUCCUGAUCAUCCAGACAGAUUUGAUUACCAGUAUCCUCAGCUGCUGUGUAAAGAUGGUCUGACUGGUCGCUGUUACUGGGAGGUCGAGUGGAAAGUAGAGGUUCAAAUAUCGGUGAGCUAUGGAACAAUCCGAAGAAAAGGAGACAGUAAAGACUGUGUGUUUGGAAGGAAUGAUCAGUCCUGGAGUCUGUUCUCCUCUGAUGUUAAGGGUUACUCUGUCGUUCACGGUAACAGAGAAACAUAUCUGUACCCCCCCUCCUCCUCCUCCUCCUCUGUCUCUAACAGAGUAGCAGUGUAUGUGGACUGUCCUGCUGGCACUCUGUCCUUCUACAGAGUCUCCUCUGACACUCUCAUCCACCUCCACACCUUCAACACCACAUUCACUGAACAUCUUUAUCCUGGAUUUACAGUCUGGUUUCCUGGUUCCUCAGUGACUCUGUGCUGAGUUGAGUGUAAAGAGUGUCCGCCUGUUAGAGAAACACUGACUCUUGAACAGAUAGUCUGUACAUGUCUGUCUCUUUCACUCAGAAACACGUUUUCUGAUUCAUGGAUCCAGUCAGUUGAUGUUUUAUACUGUGCUAAAUGAUGGAAUCACUGAACAGCAGUUACCCAAAAGAUGAAUUUACAAACUGCUCAGAGACAUUCACACAUUAUUGUCUAUGGUUCCAAGUUUAAUGAGCAUCCAGGGUCAUUGUGAUUUUUACUUUUGCUGUUAGAAUGAUGAAGCGAUAGCUAGACUUUAGCUUGCCUGCAAUGGCUUUAAAUGAUCCUUUAGAAAACAGUUAAAAAUGUAUUAGUUCCCAGCUUUGUACAUUGCUGAAUCAUUAUUUUGUCUUCCUGGGUUCCAGUUUUCUACUUUUAUUGUAAGCCUAUUCGGUUUCCAAUCUAAAAAUAAAACUGUCUGACUAGCCUGCACGUUACAGUUUGACUUUCCUGUUUGAUCAGCAGAAAAAACAGAUAUGAUCUUAUACUAGGGAUGGACCGAUCCGAUAUUACGUAUCGGUAUCGGUCCAAUACUGACCUAAAUUACUGGAUCGAAUACUGGAGAGAAAUAAAAAAUGUAAUCCGAUCCAUUAACUAUCACAAAAGCACCUCACAAAACCUGCAACAUGGUGUAAACCAGCUCAUGACCUUAGCAUGUCGGAGCAGUGUGCGUCACGUGAUAGAGUGGCUGUGGCGUGCGAGACCUGUCGGCGGUCUGGUUGAGCAUUUGGAGCCUUGCUACCAAACCGCCAUUUCAUCUCAGAGAAAGGUAUCCCAGAGAAGCAAAGCAAGUGUGUAAGUUCAUCUCUGAAUGUUUGUAAAGCAUUCUCACGUUAAGCUUAACAACCGAUAUAUGGACCGACUGUCUCUUCUUCUCUCCCCCUCCCUCUCCUGUUGCUACUUCAAUCAUGAAACUGAUCAAUGAUCAGCUGAUCGGCUUUUCUGUCUCGAGUCCCGUCACUCUUUUUUGUUUAUCGCCCACUUUGCACCAGAAAACCAGCAGAUAAACAAUAACAGCACGUUUAAUCUUGAUAAGCUGUUGUUAUAAUUUAU